UUGCUUGCUUCUGCCGGCUCUGACUAUUGGCUUUUCUCGUAUAGAUCCCACCCAUGCCUUGCUCCCCAAUUGAGUGAGCCCGCGAGUCCUUUGCAUGUUGUUUCGCUUUGGGAUGGCAACAAAGUUGAAACCACUGGAAAAAAAAAAACACUGUGACUUUGAUUAUUUUUUUCUCCCGCAUGAUCUCCAUUGCUUCACAUACUGCAUGAACCUCCCGGAGGACUGUGUAAAAGACGAGAGAAAAAUUCCGGCGGCAUGAGGUUUUGUAUGCACUGUUACCUCACGCUGCCUUUCUCCAUUUUUAGUGUGGAAACAAUCAUGAAAAAGAAGAACAAGGAUAGCGCAACGCGAGGAACAAGUAGAUGUGUUCGGCAUACUCACAUUAGCGACACAUCUUCAAAAAGUAAAAAGAGACGGUCGGUUAAUGGAGCGAAUCUUAACAGUAAGGAAAAACAGUUACAGGAAGAGUCAGUAAAAGUGGAUUUCAACAUUAGUGACCCCCAAAUCCCGUGGGACGGGCCGCGCUACCGGCUGCUGUCGGAGAUUGGACACGGAAGCUUUGGGGUUGUGUUCAAAGCAAUGAAUCGGCGCUCGGGGAGCCGUGUAGCAGUGAAGAAAGUCCGCUGCGACGCUCCCGAGAACGUGGAGCUCGCGCUGAGUGAGUUUUGGGCGCUUACCAGCUUGAAACAGCGGCACGAAAACGUAGUGGAGUUUGAGGAGUGCGUACUGCAGUACAACGGCAUGGGGCAAAGGAUGAAGCACGGCAAUCGGCGCUCUGAGCUCUACCUCCGGCUGGUAGAAACGUCACUGAAAGGAGAAAGAAUCUUGGGUAGUUCUUCGGAGCCAUGUUACCUGUGGUUUGUAAUGGAAUUUUGUGAAGGUGGAGACCUGAACCAGUACAUACUGUCACGGAAAUUAGACCAAGCAACAAAUGCCAGUUUUAUGCUUCAGUUAACUAAUGCCAUUGCAUUUUUACACAAGAACAAUGUUGUUCACAGAGACCUCAAACCAGAAAAUAUAUUGAUAACUGAGAAAUCUGGGGUUCCCAUUCUUAAAGUAGCAGACUUUGGACUUAGCAAAGUUUGCGCUGGGUUGACUGCAAAAGGAAAUGAAGAGGAAGGAGAGAACAAGCAUGUCAGUGUAAACAGAUUCUGGUUAUCUGCUCCUUGUGGGUCUGAUUUCUACAUGGCACCAGAGGUCUGGGAAGGACACUAUACAGCUAAAGCUGACAUUUUUGCUCUUGGCAUCAUCAUGUGGGCUAUGCUUGAGCGGAUAACAUUUGUUGAUGCUGAAACAAAGAAAGAAAUCUUGGGUGCCUAUGUCCUCCAAGGGACUGAAAUCAUGCCAGUUGGGGAAGCUCUGCUAGAGAACCCAAAGUUAGAAUUACACAUUCCACAGAAACCUAGAACUUCCAUGUCACAAGGCAUUAAACAACUGCUUAAGGAUAUGUUGUCUGUUAAUCCACAAGAUCGACCCGAUGCAUUUCAGCUAGAGACCAGAGUAGAUCAGGUUACCUUUGGUGCUUGAUAACCCCAAAUGGAUUGCUUUACAUUUUCAGGGACCUGAGAGUGACUUCAGAUUUUUUGGAAGACGCUUCAAAAUCAGGCAAAUAAACCAAGCUGUACCGAGAAGAUGCAAGAAGUUUUACUGAAAAAUUGUAAAAUAUUAAAAACUAUGCAACGAAUAACACCAGUCUUGCUUGGACAGAACUGUGGGUAGUGUGAUUACUUGUGGUCUUCAAACAUAUUGACCCCCAGAAGGCAGUUUUGUCCAAAUUCGGAUGCAGGAGUGUACAUUGUUUGCUUAUCAAUGUCCUGUUUAUAUCUGAGUGGAUAUAGAAACUGUCCCUUCACAGAAAUGGCCUUAACAGAACAUUCUCAUUUCUAUUUUCUGGAGUUGGUGUAUCAGAAGUCUGGUACUGGGAACAUGUUGGUAAUCGUUCUAUGCAAAAUUAGGCCGAGAUUGUUGGCCUUUGGUGUAGUUGUGGCUUGGGCUUUUUUAGAAGCUAGCUUGGUUAAGUUCCCCAGAUUAAUAUAUUCAAGAAGACAGUUACAGGGAUGAAUGGGUUGCUUUCUUUGGACUGAAAUUUUGUAUAGUGGGGCUUGGGUUCAUUUUGUUGGAUGUUACACUUUGUUACAGAAAUUAUAUAAAGAACAUAUAUUUUUUUUAUGUCCUUGAGUUAAUUUGCACUGUGUUUAUGAUGUGGCACAGAGGGCACACAGUUUAGAUGUUUGUGCAAAUGUUAUUUCCUGAGCUGAGUACUCUUGGUUACCACGAUAAUUAACCAAAUUUGCUGUUUAACAAAUUUGGGACUUUUUAAGUCCCAGUUUUGGGCUUCACACAUGGUGAAAUGUUUAAGUUUGAAAUCCAGUCUGAAGCAUUAAAACCUCCACAUUCAGCACUUAAUGCCUUGAAAUGUAAACUGCCUGACACGGAUGUUAAUAAGCCGUAACACAGUGACUGCGCUGCUGUGCCAGAUAUCACUGUUUUUCUGUGCACUGCUUUUUUCAUUAUUUAUUCGUAUUUUGUACAAUACAGUGUAAGAAAGAAAAUGAAUGACUUGUUUCUCUAA